AUGGCUGCUUUCACUCUCACAUUUGCUCCCUCCACCCGCUCCUUCGGCCGCAGUGGCUACAACAAGGAUGGUGAUGAUUCUGACUCCAAGCCCACAAACAGCCGUGGUCGAUCUGGCUACAAUGAGCCUGAAGAGGGAGACUCUGGUCGAUCUGGUUACAACGGCCCCGACGACGACGACAACUCUCAGGGCAACAAGGGCCGCUCUGGCUACAAUGGCCCCAGUGACGAUGACGAGUAA